AAGGGGCCAUAGAUGCUGGAUCAUUUGGAAAGUCUGGUCGUCCCCUGCGCACCGCCCGCCCUCACGAGCCGUACUGGAGACGGAUAGGAAGCCCUGCUGCAGACCCCCGAGCGCCGGCCUUCGCUCCCACGUCUUGUCCGCUCCGAGGUGUCGCUGCAAAGGAUUAAUGAGCCAAGAAGGCACCCGACCUCUCCUUUGAGGCUCAUUUCGGCGUUUUUCGGCUUUACGCCUGGACUGCCUUACACCUUCCCCGAUCAUAUUCACUUCAUUCGAGGAUACCUGUACCUCUACUGAUGGAACAGGGUCACUCCAACGUUCUCCUGCAGCCGCCCAGCACCACCUAACAUUUCCUGGAAGAACGUGUCCAUUGACUGCUCCCAACAAACAUGGACUGUUUUCCCAUGCUUUAUUUUCUGUCGAGACAUCAUGAUUCCUGGUAAUCGAAUGCUGAUGGUCAUUUUAAUAUGCCAAGUCCUGCUGGGAGAGAGCAACCAUGCUAGUCUGAUACCUGAAGAAGGGAAAAAGAAAGUACCAGGCCUGCAGGGUCGUUCGGCCGCUCAGAGCCAUGAACUGCUGCGGGACUUCGAGGCCACGCUGCUGCACAUGUUCGGCCUCAAGAGGCGGCCGCGGCCCAGCCGCUCGGCCACGGUGCCUCGCUACCUGCUGGACCUCUACCGGCUACAGUCCGGGGAGGCUGAGGAGGCCGGCGCGCAUGACAUCGCUUUUGAGUACCCAGAGAGGUCAGCCAGCCGGGCCAACACAGUGAGGGGCUUCCACCACGAAGAGCACAUGGAGAGCGUGAGUGAGGGAGAUGAUGGAGAAACCAUGCCCCUCCGCUUCCUGUUCAACCUCACCAGCAUUCCAGAGGACGAGCUGCUCUCUUCCGCCGAGCUGAGGCUCUACCGCCAUCAGAUAGACGAGGCCAUCGGCGACACCCUCUCACACGACCAGGGGCUUCACCGGAUAAACGUGUACGAGGUGCUGAAGCCACCGCGCAAGGGGCAGCUGAUCACGCAGCUCUUGGACACGCGGCUCGUGCGCCACAAUGCGUCGCGCUGGGAGAGCUUUGACGUGAGCCCCGCCGUGCUGCGCUGGACUCGCGAGGGCCUCCCGAAUUACGGGCUGGCCGUGGAGGUCCUGCACCUCAACCAGACGCCGAGCCACCAGGGCCGACACGUCCGCGUCAGCCGCUCGCUACACCGUGAGCCCGGCGAGGACUGGGAGCAGCUACGCCCCCUCCUGGUAACCUUUGGCCACGACGGGAAGGGUCACCCGCUGACCCGCCGGACCAAGCGCAGCCCCAAGCAGCGGGGCCGUAAACGCAACCGCAACUGCCGGCGCCACGCACUGUAUGUGGACUUCAGCGACGUAGGCUGGAAUGACUGGAUAGUGGCGCCCCCUGGUUACCAGGCCUAUUACUGCCAUGGGGAAUGCCCCUUCCCUCUGGCGGACCAUCUGAACUCCACCAAUCAUGCCAUUGUUCAGACACUGGUGAACUCUGUGAACAACAACAUUCCCAAGGCCUGCUGCGUGCCAACAGAGCUCAGCGCCAUCUCCAUGCUCUACCUAGACGAACAUGACAAGGUGGUCCUAAAAAACUACCAAGAAAUGGUAGUGGAGGGCUGCGGCUGCCGCUAACACACAGACUCUUCUAGAACUCGGACUUGAAAAAAAAAGCAACAUGGACGCUAAAGAAAAUCAGAAGGUCGUUAACUCCCAAAAAAUGUUCACUUGGACCCUUAUUUAUAACUUUUAUGUUGAGGUGUAUGUUUGUCUCACUUUUUUUUUUUUGUUUCUUUGACAAUAUGAUCAUAUAUUUUGACAAAAUAUAUAUAUUUAUAUCUACAUAUUAAAAAUAAAUUGAGUCCUUAUUUUAAACAUAAAAAGCUGUACAACUUUUCAUAAUGUACAUUAGAUUGUAUAAGGUUUUUUUUAUUGAGAAAAUAGUAAAAACAAUCUAAAAAGUAAAGUUUAUUUACUGGUAAUAUUUAUUGCUUUCAUAUGAUAUACAAUUUUUGGAGAAAAAAAAUAAAAACAUGAAUUGCCUCUGAUGACAACCUGGAGCGGACCACGAGACGCGCCCCGGCCUCAAUUUACCACAACACACUCAGUGGAAAUAAUCAGAAAUGUGCAUUGGCUUUAAUUCACUUCUUUUGACAUCCUGACGAGCCCCUUACGACAAAAACUUACCUUCUUGUAAAAUAUCUGUAACAACUAUCUCAUAUGAGAGGGUUGUAAGAAUACAAGUGGAACGGUAAUUAUUUAUUAGUUUUAACAUGAAUAGGAGUUAAAUUCUACCCUGAAGUUAAAUGUGGUCAAAUCACUUUUAUUUUUAGGAAAAAGAAAGUUAAAAGCAGAGAGAUCUUUCUGAUGCUCUGACUUCUCCCAAAUAAAACGGUUUGGUUCAUUAUCUGGCAUCUCACCAGCUCUGAAUGUUUCACACUUCAUCAAAGAAAGACAAACAAGGGGGAAUUCUCCUCUCGCUGUUCUACAUUUUUUUCGCAUUUUUUUUUUUUUUAAUCCUGUUUUUCGACGACAGAAGCUGUUACAGGAGUGGUAUGCCAUUUCAAAGCUAGCAGGCCUUUGGGGUUUAGAGGGCCGUAUUGUUCUCAAAUUUCACUUUUAUGUCAAUUAGGCUAACAUGUGGUGGUUGGACACUCGCUAAUCCAAUUGCAGCCGGGGCGGCUUGUUGAGCCUGACUGUGGGAGAGUGAUUCUAUUAUUCCUGACGUCCCCACAUUGGGGGCAUGAUUGUGGCCGAUGCGUCCUGCCCUGAUACAAGGCGGCUGAGUCCUCAGAAGAAUCAAAGGUUAGACGCUCUGUCUCCUGCCUUUGUCUUCAGCGGCUCAUGCCGGCAGAGCAAAGACGCCUGUCUCCAACCUGUGCCCCAUCACACAAUAGGCUUCUACAUCACUUAUUUACAAGCCGACGGCUGGCCCAAAUUAUAUGAUAAUGUUUAGAGAGAGCGACUCCUUUGAACUGCCAGGGGACGUCGACUGGGCUUUGUUUCGCUGGAGGGUGCCCCGUUCGUCUUCAUGUCUGAUGUACAGGGUGCAGAUAUCACUAUAACCAGCAUUUAAGGGAUUUUAUAGAAAAACACUUUAAAGGUGCAUGAUGCAGUUUUGGGGAAGGAAUUUUAAUCAGAGGAGAAAGAAAGAAAGAAAAACUAAUAAACACUGAUUUUAAAGGACAACACACCAUCAUACUGUUUUACU